CCCCUCGCUCGACCCUAUCUGACAUUUGUUUUUUGUUGUUUAACUUGUUUAUCUUAUUUUUUGCCAUAAAAAGUGUUAAAAACAAACGUUAUAUGUGAAUAUUAAAAUUUUAAGUUCAAAAUAAAACCAUGAGUACACCUAGUACAUUUAAUGCUGCCAAAAAGAUUUUAAUUCGGGGAGUAGAAUUGGAUACCAAGAAACGAUAUACAGAGGCUCUAAUAUGCUAUCAAGAGGGCUUGCAAAUUUUAGUGGACAAAAUGAAAGAGGAGGUGGAUGACAAAGAGAGAGCAUACCUCAGAGACAAGGUAGAGGAGUACAUGAAGCGAGCAGAGACUAUAAAAAAGCUAGUGCUACAGCAGAAAGAAGCCGGCAAGUUUCAUGAGCAGCUGCGGAUAGAAGACAACUCCACCGGACAUAGUUAUAAGUCCUUGUUCGGGAGGUUUUUGGAUGAUGAUGUGGAGUUUGUUGUAGUUGAAGACCCUUAUAUUAGGGCUUUUCAUCAGUGUCAGAACUUCCUCCGCCUCUGCGAGCUGCUAGUACGCUCCUGCAGCAACCUGAGGCACAUCCAGCUGCUGACGUCACAGGACCCACGGUCCGAGCAGUCUAAGCGAGAGCAGGCCGGCUGGCUGCAGAGCCUUACGGAAGAUCUGCUCAAGUACAAGAUUAGGUUCACAGUACAGUAUUCUGAGACGCUGCAUGAUAGACAAAUUACAUUAAGUUCAGGCUGGAUAAUCAAAAUUGGGCGAGGGCUAGACUUCUUCAAACCGCCAGACAACAAGUUCUGUCUCGGCGUGUAUGAUAUGGACCUGCGGAAAUGCCAUGAGACCACGGUAGACAUAGUGCAUACCAAAAAUGUGAAGCAGUCUUUUGGGUGAAACGGAUCUGAUUAUUAAAUAGUUAUUUUAUGGUAAGACAAAACGUUUUUAUGAAAUAUUAAAAUGUUUAUUUUUA